AUGAAGUUCUCUCUGUUGGCGCUGUUUGCGCUCGUGUGUGCCGUCGUGGCCACCGACGAAAUCAACUGGUCUAAGGUUCGCCCGAUGUCCCGCAUGCCCCAGUACCUGCGCCGUCUGCCGAAGGAUAUUCUGAAGCAGUACCUGUCGGAGGUACGCAGCAUGCCAACCAGCGCCCGCGCUAAUUCUCGCAUCGUCAACGGUUACAUUGCCCAGCCCGGCCAGUUCCCGUACCAGGUGGCGCUGCUGAGUAACUUUGCCGAUGGUACCGGUCUGUGCGGUGGUUCCGUGCUGAGCAACAACUACGUUCUAACCGCUGCCCACUGUGUGGAUAUCGCUACCAGUGGUCUCGUGAUCUAUGGUGCAGAGGAUCGCACCAACGAGAACGAACCGAGCCAGGUGCGCAUUGCGUUCGAACAGAGCGGAAUUCGCCUUCACCCGAACUGGAACCCCGCCCUGAUCCGUUACGACAUUGCAACCGUGCGCGUUGUCUCGCCGGUCACCUACACCAACCGUAUCCAGCCCGUUACGCUGCCGCGUUUGAGUGAUGUGGGUAAUGAUUUUGCCGGUCUGAUCGGUACCGUGUCCGGAUUCGGCCGCUUCGCCGAUUCGAUUCCGCAGGCUUCGAAUGUCCUGCGCUACGUCAACAACCCGAUCCAGACGAACCUUGCCUGCUCGGUGCGCUUCCCCGGUGUGGUUCAGCCCGAGAACAUCUGUCUGUCCGGAGAUUCCGGCCGUGGUGCCUGCCAGGGUGAUUCUGGUGGCCCGCUGACCAUCGUGCGUGACGGAACCACCGUUCAGCUCGGUGUCGUCUCGUUCGGUCUCGCUCUCGGAUGCGAACUCAACUGGCCGUCCGUCUUUGCCCGUACCACUUCCUUCCUGUCCUGGAUCGAGGAAAACUCCGACGUUGAGUUGCUGCCGUAA